GCCAGUUGUUUUGGGAGAAGAAGAAAAGUGUAACAAGCGGAAGAAACACCGGAUUUGGUGUCGGGUAGUAUUCAGUUUAUGGUCCUGCGUUAGUUUUUUUUUUAAAGAUACAUUUUGAACAAUGUCCACCCCGGCAAGGAGACGGCUUAUGAGGGAUUUUAAAAGACUUCAAGAAGAUCCUCCCACCGGUGUGAGCGGAGCACCAUCAGAGAACAACAUCAUGCUUUGGAACGCAGUUAUUUUUGGGCCUGUGGGGACACCGUUUGAAGACGGAACGUUUAAGCUGCUGAUAGAGUUUUCAGAGGAGUACCCAAACAAGCCUCCCACAGUCCGGUUUGUCUCCAGAAUGUUUCACCCUAAUGUUUAUGCAGAUGGCAGUAUAUGUUUAGACAUCCUUCAGAACCGCUGGAGCCCCACAUACGAUGUGUCGUCCAUACUCACCUCCAUCCAGUCGUUGCUGGACGAGCCAAACCCCAACAGCCCGGCCAACAGUCAGGCCGCACAGCUCUAUCAGGAAAACAAGAGGGAGUACGAGAAGAGGGUGACGGCCAUCGUGGAGCAGAGCUGGGUGGACGUCUGAGCUGCUCCCUCCCCCCCACUACCAUCUCUUCAUCACCUCCUUCAUUUUUACUUCAUCAAGAGAAAACCGCAACUAUAUCAGAAGAACUCAAGUGCCACCCUUAAAUAAAUAAUAGUAAAACAACAUCCAGAGAACAACCAAACCAGAAUGGACAUAAACCUGCUUGCCAAUACAUUUUAGGAAAAACAAGGGCGGGGAAAUCAAUCUUACUUUUUUUUUAUUGCAUGAUGUGAAUUAAGUUAUUGCUAACAGAAUUUGUAAUAUAUCUUUGUUUGGUUGGAUUGAUGCUGUUAGUGUUUGAGUUUUACAGAUUGUUUUCCCCCUUAUUUUUUAUUUCCCUUUUUAGUGAUGUCUGCUGGUGUGCACACAAUUUGGCUUUUUGGGAAGGGCAGGUUGAUGAACAAAUCUGCAUAAUUUGGAAGAAUAACAACCCCACAAACGGCCUUCCGAGUGGGUAUCAUUGUUAUUCUCUAAGUCAGCCUCAGUUGCCGCUUUAAAGAGAUCUAUCUGCAGCAUAUAUCUGUUAUUUUAAGAGACACCAAAGGUCUGGGCUCUCAGACGUCACAGGCUGCAGCAGCACCAACUCUCCCUGGCACCGAUGAAUCAUCACUCCCUGGAUAGCUGAGCUUUUAUUCCAAUCAUUUCUGCUCUGGGGUAGAAGAGUGUUGGAGAAAGUUCAUAUUAACACAGUUGAACUAGGACUGUGGAGAACUGAGUCAGUUUAAAGGAAAUAAUGGAUUUGUUGUAAUCAACAUUGAAUUUUCUACAUGUCAGUCUUCCCACAAGUGUCUUUCAUUGUGAAAUGUUAUCAAAGUAUGUAGGGCAUAGGGGCCUUUGAGCUCAAAGGUGCUUGUACCUAAGGAUUGACUUGAAUGGUGGUGCUUCAUCAUUUUUAUUAUGGUGCAUUCAGGCCUAAUGGGGCUUGAGUGACAUUAGUAGCAAGCUGUGAUUACAGGAGUAGAAUCAGCAUGAAGUUGGUAAAAGGAAUAUCAUUUAUCUCUACAAUAUCUGUUUUACUGUGCUCAUCUGCCGAAAUGUCUUUUAAAUGCUUUGUUGCCUGCGAAGUGUCAGUCAUCCUUUUCUCAAAUGACACAGCUGACAAAUUAACAAGUGAGCUAGAUCAAAAAAGACACUUGCACACGUUUAACAGUGUGACAUCAACUGUUCCCCCCAAAGGCUCAUUGUUUUCAUGCCGGCAUGUGUCUUUUAUUUGUAUGCGAUACCCAAUAAAAACGCAGCUUGAGUAUAAAGUCAUGACUUAACCAGCUAAAACACCCACAGAAGACAGCUAUCAUAAACCAGUUUCUCUUUUGACAGUAUAAAGUCAUAUUGUGGCUAGAAAAAGUAUUUCGCUUAAAAUGAGAAGGGAUAUGUUAUAAAGAUUUUGUGAAUUAAUCAAAUGUAUACUUAUAACAAUAUGCUGUAUAAACAUAAAACACAUUUUUCAGAGUUUGA